AUGGUUGACAGUGACACCACUUCGCUGCGUAUCGGCACUCGUCGAUCAAACCUGGCCGUCGUCCAGGCUGAAAGAAUCCGCGAGAGCCUGCGCCGGAUCGCCCCCGAUCGGACCUACGAGAUCGAAACUCUCCACACACUGGGCGACAAAGACAAGUCGACCGAGCUGUACAACUUCGGAGCAAAGAAUCUAUGGACAUCUGAGCUUGAGGAGAAGCUGACCUCCGGUGAUCUGGAUGUCAUCGUACACUGCCUCAAAGACUUGCCCACCAGGCUCCCCGAUUCCUGCGAUCUUGCCGCCAUCCCGCUCCGCGAUGACCCCCGUGAUGCCCUGAUAGUCAAAUCCGGCCUUCCCUAUACAAGCUUGCAGACCCUACCCGGAGGCGCUGUCGUUGGUACGUCCUCCGUCCGACGCUCCGCACAGCUUCGCCGUCUCUACCCCCACCUCCGCUUCGCGAACCUCCGCGGCAACGUCGAAACCCGUCUGGCGAAAGUUGAUAAUCCCGAGAGCGAAUAUACCUGCAUGGUUAUGUCCGCCGCUGGUCUCGAACGCAUUGGCUUGCAACAUCGGAUUACGCAGUACAUGGGUUCGAAGGAUGGCGGGAUUCUACACGCCGUUGGUCAGGGUGCGUUAGGGCUGGAGAUCCGCAGGGGAGAUACUAGAACUUUGGAAUUCCUGAAUCAGUUGAGUGAUCGAAAGUCUACCCUCGCCUGCCUUGCGGAGCGGGCUCUCCUCCGUACUUUGGAGGGAGGUUGCACCGUCCCCAUCGGUGUUGAGACGGAGUGGGUUGAUGAUGCGCAAGGUCUGUUAAAGAUUUCGGCCAUCGUCGUUAGCCUUGACGGCACGGAAACCGUUCAGGAUACCAUUGAGGCAACAAUACGGAAUGAGGAGGAGGCAACCGCGCUCGGCGAUGAAUUGGCUUCACGACUUGUGAAACAGGGCGCAGGCUCGAUCCUUGCUGCGAUCAAUGCCGAUCGGCCGCCGAAGGGUUGA